AUGCCCCCCUUUCGCGCUGAACAUAUGGGGUCGCUCCUGCGGCCGCAGGCUUUGCUAGACGUUCGCGAGGCCAUCCGGGAAAAAGGCCUGAGCCCGGAGGCCGCCGGCCUGCCCGCUGUCGAGGAAAAGGCGGUCGGUCACGUCGUGAAGCUACAGCAGGACCUGGGGCUCAAGGCAGUGACGAGCGGCGAAUACAACCGCACCCGCUUCUGGGGCCUGAUGUGGGACGAGUUCGAGGGGACGGUCCGUCUCGAGGAUGCCGACGCUGCGUUAUUCCGAUUAUACCAUCCCGACGUGGUUAGCCUCGUCGAAGUCGCUCGCAAGGUUAUGCCAGGUGACUCGGUCAUCGCCGGUUCCAAGUUGCGGCACAAUCCGGAGAAAUCACAGUCCAACCUCCACGAGCUUCGUCUUGUGCAGAAAUUCGUACCCAAAAGCGAGUGGGGCAGUAUCAAGCUCACCAUGAUCACACCUGCUUGGUUCCACAUGCGUUAUAAGCAAGGGAAGGCCUACUCAAAGGAGGCGUACGCAAACGACGCCGAAUACUUCAAGGAUGUUGCCAGCGUCUAUCAGGCUGAGCUAGACCAGCUCUAUAAGGCCGGGCUCAGGAACGUGCAGUUUGAUGACCCUGGCCUUGCUUACUUUUGCUCGGACAAGUUCCGCCAGGGAUGGGCUGAGGAUCCAGACAAUAUUGGAUCCGUCGAUGAUCUUCUCGAGGCUUACAUAAACCUCUACAAUGACUGCAUCAGCAAGUUGCCCGCCGACUUUCAUACGGGUGUACACCUCUGUCGCGGGAACUUCAUUGGAGGGAGAUUCUUCUCGGAAGGGGGGUAUGAUGUCAUCGCUCAGAAGCUCUUCACGAAGCUCAAGGUCAACACUUUCUACCUCGAGUACGACACUGAGCGGGCCGGUGGGUUCGAGCCGCUCAAGUUUCUUCCCAAGGAUAGAAACGUCGUAAUCGGUGCCAUUUCCACCAAGCUGCGCGAACUCGAAGACAAGGAGGAAGUGAAGAGAAGAAUUUACCAGGCGGCAGAUUUCGUAGCCGAGGGGAACGGCCAGACACGCGAGGAGGCCUUGAAACGCAUCUGCGUCAGCCCGCAAUGCGGUUUCAGUACCCACGAAAGUGGCUACCCGCUGACCGAGGAGGACGAGAAGAACAAGCUGGCUCUCAUUCGCCAGAUCGCUGAUGAGAUUUGGGGUGAGCCAUGA